AUGGCUCACUCACAUAACUGGCAAGUUAAUGCUAGCUGUCAGCUGGGAGCUCAGCUGGGCCUGAGAGCCAAAGACUUCAGUUUCUCUUCAUCUGGACCUCCUGCUACUUGGGCUUCCUUAAAACAUGGUGGCUGGCUUCCAACACCUGUAGUUGGCAUUCAGGAACUAUUAACUACUACGAUAUAUCUCUCCAUUCAAAUUGAUUGCCGUACAGGUUGCUUAAAAAGCACUCGAACUAGCCUGGAGGAGUCUCCAGGCCGCGAGAGGGGGCGGGGCUGGCCCGACACCAUAAAAGGGGGCGGUGGCGGCGGCGGCGCCUGGGUCCCGCGGAACUCUGGCGAUAGCCACCCAGUGCUUCUUCUUCCUCUUCGGGCUGCAGGUCCCAGCAUGGUCGACGACGCUGGUGCUGCUGAGGCCCAGCAGGACAAAGGCCCGCAGGCUCGCGCCCUGGCGAGGCUGCCCGGGUUGCCGCUCCCGCCACCUCGGCUUCGCAUCCGGCCGUGGUGGUUUCCGGCGCAGGCGACCCACUUCUAUCUGGUCUUCUGGCAUCUGGAGUCAGGUCCUGGAAGGCAAAAGCCCCUGUACCUGGCUUGGAAGCUGCCUGGGUUGCCGCUCCCGCCACCUUGGCUUCGCAUCUGGCCGUGGUGGUUUCCAGCGCAGGCGCUGAGCGACCCUCUGGUGUUCCACCUGGAGGCGUGGCUGGCGGACGCGGUCUUCGGCCCUGACCGAGCCAUAAUUCCGGAAAUGGAGUGGAUGAGCCAGGCCCUGCUGACGGUGGACAUAACGAGCUCCAGGAACCUAGUGGAAAUCACCGUCUUCGGACGGCCCCGAGUACAGAACCGGGUGAAGAGCAUGCUCCUGAGCCUCGCAUCAUGGCACCGAGAACAUCGUGUCCGAGCUGAGAAGAUGAAACGACUUGAGGAGUUCUUGAAGUCCCGAGCAUCAGAUUCCCACACUCCCCAGCAUCCUAUUGUUUAAAACGGCAUGAUUAUCGUUAGGAGCUUUACAGGAACAGUCCUGCUUCUGCUACUAAAGCUGAAGAGAAGCAAGUAUGCUUAAGUCUCUGCAUUCCUUUUUCCGGUAUCUCGAUGGAUAACGGUUUAUUUUGUUGCAAAUGCGAGUUUGUAGAGCUGUCCUAAUGAAGAAAUGGAUUUAUUUGUCCAAUGACGUAAAGAUCUUUGCUCAUUUAAAAUAAAGCAAAUUUAUAAAGGAGAAUA